AUGUUUGACGAUAAAGAUGAUAUUAGCGAAGGCCUUUCGAACAAGGAUUUUGAAUCCCCUAAUGAUAAAAAUAACAUUUGUGUUUUAUAUAAAAGAGAAAAUGAAGAUGAUAAAAUUUUAAUUGAAAACAUAUGUGAUUUAUUUGAAAAAAUAUAUAAGGAUAAAACAGCAUUUACAGAAAUAAUUAAAAAAGUAAGUUUAUACUUGAACAAUUUAAAAAGGGAAAAUAAAUAUUAUAAUUUAAUUUUUUCAAAUAAUAAUUUGUAUGGAAAAUAUGAUACAACAAAUGAGUAUAAUAAUUUUAAAAACAAUAUAAUAGAUAAAAUUAAUUCAAUAGAUAUAAUUAAUAUAUUAUUGUCUUUCCCUUCAUAUCAUAGUUAUUUAUACAAUACAUUAUUAUUAGUUUAUAAGGAACUUAAUUUGGUUGAAAUAAAAAAUAUAUACAAUGUUUUAUUUGAAUUAACAGAUUUUUUAAUAGAUAGAUAUGAUAUAUAUAAUAAUAAUUUAAACAGUUUUGAAUUAUUUGAUAAAUUUAUUUUAAAUUAUGAAUUAAAAUAUAUUUCUAAUGUUCAAAUACAUGAAAUAUAUGAAUUUUUAAAAAAAAAUAAUGAAAAUUAUAUAAAAAUUUUACUUUCUUUGCUUGAUUUUUGUCUAAAUUUGAUAGAAAAUAUUAACCAUUUUUUUUGUGACGAAAAUAUCAACCAUUUUUUUGGUGACGAAAGUGUUAAACCUGCUAGCCUUAUAGACCAACUCGUAGUUGUAAAAAAGGAAAUAUACAACAAUGUGUGCAAAGUAGAAUAUAGCAAUAGCAAUAAUAAUAAUAUUAUACAAGACAAUAGUAGCAACAUAUAUUGUCAAAAAAAAGAAAAUGAAUUUAUAGAAAGUAAUGGCUUGCUUAUAAAUAACAUUUAUUAUACUGAAAAUGAAAAAAGUAAAGUUUACAAUGAUUUUUUUGAAAAUUGUUUUAGUGUGGAAAAAGAAAGUUAUAAUAAGGGAAAAGUUGAUCAUAUAAAAAUAGAAAAUAACAAAAUGAAUAAUUGUUUUUUUAUUUGUGAAUAUGAUGAUAAUAUUUUGCUAAUGAAAAAUGAUAUAAAUGAUAAUAUAGAGGGAAAGACAGUAAACAUAAAAUACAAAUAUUGUCACGAAAUAAAACUAAAAUAUAUUAAUUUAAGAAUGUUAAAUAAAAUAAUAUGUACAUUAUUUAAAGGAUUAAAAAUAUCUCAACAUUUAAAUGAAGAAAUAUGUAAAAAAAUAUUAUACGUCUUUAACAAUGUGAUAACAGAUAUAAUAAAAAUUUUUUAUAAAAAAAAUGAAAAUUUAUUAUUUUUGGAUAUUUUUUUUACCAAUAUAUUAAAAACAGUUGGGAAAUUAGUUAAUUUUUAUAAUGAACAAAUAGAACAGUCUCCUAAACAAACUAUGUUAUUUUAUAAAUGUUUUAAUAAAAUAAUAGAUCAAAUAUCCAUAUUUUUACACAAUAAAAUAUGCUUUAAAAAUAUAUAUUAUGAUAAUAAAAAUUUAAAUAUUUAUAAAAAUGUUGAAAUAUAUUUGUACCAUUUUGAUGAAACAUACUAUAUGUUAUUUUAUUUAUUUUAUGUUAUUAUUGAAUUAGCAAAUGAAAUAAACAAUAAUAUAUUUUUAUUUUUUAUUUGUAUAAUUAACUAUAAAUGUGAAAAAGAACAAGAUGAUAUACCAUUUUUUGAUUUAAAAGAAAUAUAUUUAAACAGUGAUUUUAUAAACAGUUGUAAAGAAAAAAUGAAAGAAAAAAAUAUAAAUCGAAUGAUAACUAUUUUCUUAUUUUUAGAAAAAAAAAUUCUUAAUUUUUUUUCUUAUUUUAAAUUUAUAUUUUGUUAUGUCUGGGAACAAUAUUCUAUAACAAAAUUAGAGAAAAUUGAAGAGACACAAUCAAAAGAAGAUAAAAAAAAACAAUUUAAAAUUCAAAAAAAUUUCGAAAAUAUUUUUAAAAAAAUAAAAUAUAUUUUAUUAGACAUGUUUAUAAAAUAUACAAAAUUAUUAAUAAUAUAUAAAUAUUAUUUUAUUCCUUAUAUUAAUAAUACAAAUGAUGAAGUAGGAAUUUUUUUUGGAGAAUUUAUGUUAUAUAUGAAAUCUGUAGAAAAAUUAAUAUUUUUGAUUUUUCCAAAUUGUCCUAAUAAAAUUAUAAAUAAAUUAGAAAAAUAUACAAAGUGUUUACAUAAAAUAUGUGAAAAAAAAUUAUCAGGAAAAAUACAAGAUUUUAUUAAAUUUAACAAAAAUAUAUAUGAAUAUGAUCAGGCAAAAAAUAACAACAAUUUGGAUAAAAAAAAAAUAAAUAAUUAUGAAAAAAGUGAUAACUACAAACAUGAAAUAGAUGCAGAUGCAGAUGUAGAUGUAGAUACAGAUACAGAUGCAGAUAAUAAUAACCAUGAAAAUAAUUCUCAAAUUUUACAAUCAACAAAAUAUAAAACUCCAAUGUUGUGUAUAAAAAAAGACAAAAAGAAAUUCGAACAAAUAAAUAACUAUCAUAGUUUAUACGAAAUUAUUCUCUUAAAUAUUUUUGGAAUAAUUUAUGCAAAUAUAUUAGAAGAAAUAUAUGAAAAUAAAUAUAAAUUUAUUUAUUUUAAAAAUAGUAUAAUUCAUGUUGAAUUUUUAAAAAAAUUAAAAACUGUUAUGAUAAAUGAAUUUGAUAAAGAUAUAAAUGGUUUUAACAAAAUAUAUAAUAAUAAGUUUAAAGAAAAAAAAAAUUAUAAUUAUUAUUUUUGCUUUCCUUAUGAAUUAUUAACAUUAUUAAUAAAUUUCCAAUUAAAACUUUUUAUGAACAAGAUAUUAAAUAAUUAUAAAAUAUGUACUAUUGUUAUUGAAUUUAUUUUUUAUAUUAGCUCUACAAUAAACCCUUAUUUUUUUAAAAUAUCUAAACAUAUAUGGGAAAUAUUAGCAAAUCAUAUAAAUUUAAAUAUAGAUCAUAUAUCUUUAUUAUCGAUAAUAAAUAUUUUUUUUUAUUUAAUAUUAGACAAAAAAAAUAUUGAUAUAGUAGACACAUUUGAAAAUAUACCCAAAUCUACCAGUAAGCAAUAUUUUUUAUAUUUAUUUUUAAAAAAUCAAACAGUUUUAAAUCAAAAUGGAAAAAAUUAUUUAUUUUUUUUACAAUCUAUAUUGAGGAAUAUCACAUCAAAAGAACUUAUAGAAAUUAUCAUGAAAAUGUUUUAUAGUAAGCUUCAUAUUAAAUUGCAAUAUACUUUAAAUAUAUUAUUAAGUUAUUUAAACGCAUAUAGUAGAUCUGUUAUUAGGAUGGAAAAUGGUGGGAAUGAUGAACAUGAUGAAAAUGAAAUGGAGAUGGAAAAUGAUGAGAAUAAAGUAAUUUCAAUUUUUAUAUAUCUUGACAUAAUUAAUAUUUUUCCUGAUAGCUUUUUAGACAUUUUGAAUGAUCUACAAUUAAAAAAAGACAUUUUAAAUAUGUUUAAUUUUUUUAUUUAUUUAAAUAAUGAAUUUUCUUUACUUGCAAAAAGGUAUGAAAUAUAUAAGUAUGAAAAAAUUUUUAAAAAAAUUGUAAAAAUAAAUGGAAAGGGAAAUUCGGACAAAAAAAAUGGCGGAGAAGCGGGGGUAAAAAAUGUGAUGGGCGAUAAAAACGUGAUAGGUGAUGAUAAUGUGAUAGGCGAUGAGAAUGUGAUGGGCGAUGAGAAUGUGAUGGGCGAUGGAAAUGUUUACUAUAACAAUAAGCCCAAAAUAUAUUUUCCAAUAUUAAUAUCGUCCUUAAUUUCGUAUUCUCUAUUUUAUAUUUUAAAGAAUUACACAUUUUCUAUACAAAAAAGGGUUAUUAUUGAUUUUUACACAAAUUUUUUUAGUGAUAAAUAUUUAUAUACAUUAUGCAAUAAUUAUAUAUAUGUAAAAAUACUAAACGAGUCGUUUAUAAUUUUGAUAUAUUUAAAAAAGAUAAUUAAAGAAGCAAGCAUAGGUAAUCAUAAUGAUGGUGAAAAUAGUGAAAAUAGUGAAAAUAGCGAAAAUAGCGAAAAUAGCGAAAAUAGCGACAGUGCCAAUUUAAAAAUAUUAUCACAUCUUUAUAAAGUCUAUACAAUUUUUUUUAAACAAUAUCCUCAUAUGUUUAUUUUCUCUAUCAUAUUUUUAAUUAAAAAUAAUAUCAUUAAUUUAACAAAUGAAUCGGAAUUUUCUGAUUUUUAUAAUAAAAUAUAUAACGAUUUAAAGAUAGAUGAUAAAUAUUCAAUUUUUUUUAAAAAUUUAAUUUUUUCAAUAUUUAAUUCAUUUUUUUUUGAGACCAACAAAAUAAAUAAUCUAACUAUUGUUAAAGAAAAUUAUUCUAAUCAAAAUAUAAAUUUAGUAAUUAUGACACGACAAGAUUUUUUAAAUUAUUUUUUUCAGUCUAAUCUAUUUUUAGAUAUAUCAAAAGGUCAUUUAAAAAAUACAAUUUCAAAUUUUUUUCAAAAAAAUUUAAAAAAAUAUAAUUUUUGUGAUAACGAUCUUUCUAAUUUAGUUAAUUUUCUUUUCUCAAACAUUCAACUUUAA